UUCGGUUUUCUAUGCACCAGGCGGGUUACCACGAGAUUAUUUUAUCGUUAUUUUGUGAAAAUCGGAGUUAAACGGACUGUUGUCUGGUUGUCUCCGACGGGCGGGCGUUGUCAGACGGAGCCAAGCCCACAGGACGCUCAGUCAGUCUGCUGCUAACAGUCCCUUGAGUUAGCCACGAAGCUAGCCAUGAGCUAACUAACAGCUAGCUAUUUUUAUUUCUCCGCCUCGAUUUAAGCUUUCUUGAAACAGGAGUCUUCAUCGAGCCUUUUGCUUCACCUGGAAUCCUCUCACCUCUUCACCAUUCCUCCCAUCACCUUGAGCUUUCUCCCCCCGACACGCGCAUCAACGCAGAGUCAUGGCAGCUGCGAAGCCAAAAGGACAGAACUCACUAGCUCUUCACAAAGUGAUCAUGGUGGGCAGUGGAGGAGUGGGGAAGUCCGCCCUCACCCUCCAGUUCAUGUAUGACGAGUUUGUGGAGGACUAUGAGCCCACUAAAGCAGACAGCUACAGGAAGAAAGUGGUGCUGGACGGGGAGGAGGUGCAGAUUGACAUCCUCGACACGGCUGGCCAAGAGGACUACGCAGCCAUCCGGGAUAACUACUUCCGUAGCGGAGAGGGCUUCCUCUGCGUGUUUUCCAUCACAGAACUGGAGUCGUUCGCAGCAACAGUAGAUUUCAGAGAGCAGAUUCUGCGAGUGAAGGAGGAUGAGAACGUGCCCUUCCUCCUGGUGGGUAACAAGUCGGACUUGGACGACCGGCGGCAGGUGAGCGCGGACGAAGCCAAGGCCCGCGCUGAGCAGUGGGGGGUGUGCUACGUGGAGACUUCUGCCAAAACCCGCGCCAAUGUUGACAAGGUGUUUUUUGACCUGAUGAGAGAGAUCCGAGCGAGGAAAAUGGAAGACAGCAAAGAAAAGAACGGGAAGAAGAAAAGUAAAAGUUUGGCUAAGAGAAUUAGAGAGAGAUGCUGUAUUUUAUAGUGAAGUUCUGCAGGUUAGCUGCUUGUGUACAUAUACAUUUAUCAGACUUUUGCAUUUAUUUUGUGCCCAUACCUGAACACCACUUCCUGUUUCUGGCUAACAGGACAUCCGUGUCAGGAAGUAGUAAAGACGGCACUCCAUCCACCAUUUAUAACUCUAACUUUUUAUGUGCUGACACUCCAAAUAAUUUAGGAUUCAAAUACUCUUUUUAUUUUAUUAUUAUUAUUUUUUUAAACUCUGACAACAUAUUGGGGCCGUCUUUGAUUUAAAAGAAAUUAAAUAUGGAUAUAGAGCUGAGGGAAUGAAAUCCUAGAAGAAAUGUAGAGAUUAAUGUCAUAUUUACAUAGAAACACAAAAAUACAAUUAUUGUUCUUGAAAGUCCUUCAUUUGCAAGGAAAAGUGUGAAAAUGUCCUUAUCUAAAACACACAAAUUCACAAAAAUAAAACUGAUAUGGACAUUUUAAAGUUAGAAAUUUGUGAAAAAAAAAAUAUAGGGAAGUGAAUUUACUGAAACACUUAAAGUGGCAGUGUGUAGUAUCCUGGCACUAGGGGGCAGUACAUACAUUUCGGGGUAAUUUUACAACAUAUCGCCAUGACUGUCGCUGGUUUAAAAAAAACAUUACAGUAAAUGUCGUUACCUGCGGAGAAGAAAGCAUGCAACCUCGGCGUGGCUCCUCAGACUUUGAUGAUCCUUCAGUUAAUUCCAUCAAAGGAAUGCUGAUGCUAGAUUUCUGGCGCUGUAGUUUCCGGAACUGCUUGAGUUCUGCGCCUGCUGAUGACAUCAUCUUAUUACGGCAAUACCACUCGGCCAAAAUGUAUUUCAUUUCUUUUUUUAUUCUGUUCUUUCAUGCAUGUUUUGGAAAGAGUUCAGCAGUUUUGUUAUUAAAUUCAUGUUUCUUACUGCUUAAAUGAUUUUGAACGUGGUAAUGUAACUUCCAUAAGCCGUUCUUCCAGCCAAUCAUCUGGUGUGAUGUCAUCGACAGGCGCAGGACCCCAAGCUGGCCAGAAGGAAACAUGGCAUCUAAUAUGGCGUCCCCCUUUAGACCUGAUUUUGAUGGUUAUGUGGUACGAAGCCACCAAUAUUUUUCAACGAUUGGACAUUAUUUUAUUCAUUUUCAAUGUUUCGAUGGAUCUUUCCAGAUUAACGGUAAAAACUGCACAUUGUCCCUUUAAAUUGAUCAUUAACUUAAAAAUUCCCAAGAAUAAAGUAGAAAAUUAAAAGAAUGUCCAGAUAUUCUUAAAGUGUUAAAUUUAUGGUUAAAAACAAACAUCUACCAGUUCUAGUUUUGUACUUUUAGACUUUUGUUAUUAAAUUAGUAUUUUCUUCAUGCAAACAAACAAACAAACAAAAACAGUAGGCACUGGUCAUUUUUUUAAAUUAAAAUAUUUUAUUAAUCUCAGCAUUUCUGCAACUUAUCUAGGAGUUUAACCCCCCUGCUACGUUCCGCUCCUGUUCUAUUUAAACUACAACGGCCCUUAGAUCCCGUCAUACAUCAGUGCCCCGAAGCUCCUAAAUGAACCUUUCAUUGUAACGCUUGUUGUUUAUAAAGUACUCAGACUGCAGGUUGAGUUCAAGUAAAAAUAACUUUAAAUGGAAGAAGAUAGGAGGAAAGCCCUGAAUCCAUUUAAUGAAUUUAACAUCUUUGUAGGAAAAGCAAACCGACCACAGGUCCCUAUUUGCCACAGAAGAAAAAAUGAAAGUUUAUCUGAACCUGGGGAGGAUUUUUUCUUUAUUUAAACAUUUCAUUAUCCAAACCAGAGCUGAAAUUUGAUGCCAUUCCUUCCUGUUUUACUCCUGGAAAUGUUCUUGAGCACUAUAUUAGUCUGCAAAGGGUCAUUUUUCUUUUUUCUUGGAUUAUAGAAAUAUGGGUAUUCCCCCCCCCCUUUUCUCAGUCACUUCCGAAAAUGCACAAACCACAUCGAACCCUUAAAGCCGAGAAGGAUUUUAGCAACACCUGAACUUGUUACUGGCCUCCUAGCUUCUAAAGGCCGGGCUAAUGGCUGCCGUUGCCUUCUGCUGUGACUGAGGAAUCCCUGGUGCUCUGAUAAGAGGAGAUUCCAGAAACACUACGUCUUUUCUACGUGAAGUUCUGACACUUACGAUGAAACUAAUGGCUUCCAGAUGUGGUCCUAUGUGGUUUUAAACUCAAUACUUUUAUUAUUUAGGAAUAAAAUGGAUGAGCUGUCAGUCACCAAAGAAAACUGCUCACAAAUAAGUGACCAGUUCCUAAUUCUGGUGAGUGAGAAUAAAGAAAUCAGCACUACGAAGUUUGAGUAGAUAGAGUAAGCUAGCUUAUCAUGGGAGUGCAACUAAACAGGGUUACGGGGGCUUUAGGAAUUCCUGUGGGAUGUGAAACUGGAUAAUCCCCACUCACUCAUCCUGUAAUCCUGGACGGCCAGUGCUUCAGUUUAAUUUUAUUCCUUUUGCUACAUUUGGUGCCAGGCUGUGUUAUAAUAAUGAAAAUCGUGUGCUUGUUUUUAUUUUUGUUCUUUGUAGCUGAAUCGUUUCAGAGGUGAGAUGAAGGUAAAACAGUGUGACAGUUUUCAAAAGCUUCAGUGAAAAUUUCCCCUUAAAUCUUAGUUUUACUGAGACACUUUGAAACGAUGGUUUUGUGUAAUAUUAAUAGCCAGACAGAGUUGAAGAUCCACACUAAUCAGUCUUCAAGAGUAAAGAUGAGGAGUCUAUGCAAAGUGGAAAUGUGAAACCGUGGAAUAUUUCAGAGCACCGUCCUUGUUUUAAAAUCUGCCUUUUAAAGAGGCAAGUCUUCAUAGACGCGCCACAACUCGGAUGCAUUUAACGGGUUUUUCAGCCAGUUUAGCGUCUGUUUCUGUGUAAAAGUUUUAAGUAAUUACUUCGAGCUUCAUGGAUGGCCUCUGAUUUGACCUUGAAGACUCUUAAAAAAUAUUUUGUCUUUUGGGCCAAGGUUCCUAGAGUUCUGCUUGUGGGUUUCAGGUUUACGAAUAUUUAUCGAGAUAAUUAGAAUAAUAAUGUCUCUUUCCACUGCCUGAACUUCUGGAUAACUUUACCGGACUUUCCUGGCAUGGCCUUUCCGACUAGAAAGGAUUUUCUGGGCUGUUUCAGGGACCAGUCGAGUACCUGAACUGGGAUAUGUACUCAGAACUCACCCUGUUGAAUCACUGGGCGAAAAUACGCCAGACCCCCCCCCCCCCCCACUCCGUAAUUCUCAGUGCUUUGUGGUCUUCAACGAAGCGUAGUAAAAAAACAUUACUUCUGGUUAGUGAUGCACCGAUAUGAAAAUUUUUGGCCGAUACCGAUAUCCAAUGUUAAGAUCACAGUUAUGGCCAAUAACCGGUAUUUGCAGAUACCGAUAUACUGACAUUAAUGCUUCUAAAAUAAUCAGAUUUUGUCUAAAAUGAAAAUUAUUAAAGCUGAAUUUACGUUAUUAUGUACACACAACGCACACAUUUAUGCUUCUGAGAUGAUUUCAUUCACUGUUCACAUGACUAAACAAAUAACCCCCCCCCCCCCCCCCCCCCGGUCCCGUCUGUGACAGUCUGCCGUUUGCGGAUUCCAGAAAGUUUUGCAUUUUUAUUUUGGCAAGGUAAGAUAAAAAGCCAACUUGUUGUUUUGUCAAACCGUAACCCCAUCUGUAAUGUGUCGUGCUUUUGCACGCACUCGUCAACAAAGUCCUGAAAGCUUCCUGGAUGUUCUAUAGUGGAAACGCAGCUGUCGAAAUGCAAUCAGGGGCCAAACAAAAUCACUCAGAGGGCCAUCAAAUCCCAACGACGUGCUAUUUCUCAGAGCAGAGGCUGUUCAGGAAGCCAUCUUUGGAUGGUAAUUACUUUUCUUUUUUUACACUCCUAAUGGCUGAAAUGUCCCUCAGAUAGCUCCUAGAAAACACUGACCAUAAAAGUUAAUGCCCAAACUGUUCAGGCUCUUCCUAACUGAACGAAAACAUAUUUGACGUUGACCAAAAAGCACACGGGAGAGUCAAGCUCAGACAAAAGGAGGCCAAACCUGAAACGCUUGGACGCCUUUGACAGAGCACACGGAAAGCCGUUUCAGUCAUUCUAAGGGCUAACCCUCGCUGAUCCUACCCUCCCACAAGUUAAAGUGACAGAAACUGAGGAUCCUAAUGUGGUCUGAGCGGCUUUAGGUUAUAUUAACAGCUGUGUGUCUUCAUCACAGCAGCUUACUGAUCACCAUCGUGCUCACUUGCUGUAACAACACCUUCAUUUGUUUUUAUAGGAAAUUAAUUAUUUUUGCUUUAUUCUCAUGUAAAAAAUGAGGUCAUAAACUUGACGGCCCAAAUAUUUUCAACAUCUGUGUGAAAGCUACGAGCAAACUGUCUAACUGAAUGUCCAAAUAACUAGUUCUGCCUUUUAUAAUAAUACUACGGAAUAAAGCUAAACAUCUCUGCCCUUAUAGCCGGAUGGGUGUAUGUUUGCCAUGAGUUCAAUGUUUCCUCCAUGUUUACUUAAUUUGAGCAUAACCACUAACGUAGCCUGUUUGUGAAUGCAAGAGGUCGAGCUUACAUUUCAGUUAGUUUUUGUGAGUUAUUUGGAAAUGGCAAAUAAACUGGAUAUUACUAAUAAUAUUA